GUUUUCAAUUUGUCAUCUACUGUAAACUUGAUUGCGAAUUCUUGCAAAGCAAUUAUGUAAUGAAAAAUAAACAUUGAUCUAUUAACAAGAACUAACGGAAAUACAACUUCUUAAUUUUCUACCUGAAAUAUAUUUUCGUCUUAAAACAAAAUCAUAAUGGAAUGGAUAUUAAAAAACUUCAUGAACAAGAAUCCUCUAAAACAAGCACUACAGUUUGGUUCGAUUGAAGAAAUUCAAAAUGUACUUUGUGAAAAAUAUCAAGCAACACUAUUAAUUGAAACUGAUUGGUCGGAAAAAUGUAGACAAAUAAUUAAUAUUUGUCUGGACAAAAAACUUGACGUUAACAUUGAAGACACAAAUUAUUGUGCUUUAUUACAUUUUGUGAUAAAACAUCUCGCCGAAGAUUUUGAAUCAGUUAUUAAUAAAUGCGAAGAAUUUGAUAUUAAUGCAUUGAAUGACGUUCCAUCUUUUUUUGAGCCGGAAUACAAAAAGUCUUUACUUCAUUUAGCGAUUGAUGAAAGAAAACUGAAUGUAGUGAAAAUUUUAAUAGAAUUUGGUGCAAAUGUUGAUAUAAAAGACGAGCGUGAACAAACAGCUCUAUUUUACGCCGUUCAAACUAAACAAAUAGAAGUAGCAGAAAUGCUUUUAAAAGCGGGAGCGAGUGUCAAUGCGAAAGAUUGUAAAAAUAUGAUGCCAAUUAAUUUUGCUUUUGGCGAAAGAGACGAAUCUAGUGGCAAUGAAAAAUAUAAACCCUCGAAAUUGGUAACGCUCUUGUGUUCGUAUGGAGCUGAGUUAGAUUUCAAAAAUCAAAGUGGUACAAGAACAUUGAUUAUGGCUUGCGGAAUUGGCAAUGCAAAAGAAAUAGAAUUUUUGAUUGAACAUGGAGCUGAUUUAUUGUCGAGUGAUAAAGACGGCAAAACGGCAUUACAUUCUGCAGCUGUAAAAUAUAAUUACAAACUUGUAGAUUUUCUAAUACGUCGAGGUUUUGACAUUAAUGCUCAAAAUUUGGAGAAAGAAAGUUCUAUUCAUUAUCUGGCAAAUACUUUGAAAACGAUUAAUAGUGAACUUGAAUAUGCUGGAGAUAAUACGCAUGAAGAUAUCAGUAACAUAGGGAAUUUAGAUUCUGAAGGUGAUGAAGUGAAAAAAGCUGCUGAAAUGAUAGAAUUUUUAGCUGAUAAUAGCGCAGAUAUAAAUACUCCCAAUAAGGAAAACAUUACUCCUCUAAUGAUAAGCAUUCGUUAUAAUGCUCUUGAAAUUACCGAAUGCCUUUUGGAGUUAAACGCCAAAAUUCACAAAAAUGACAACUUUUUGUAUUAUGACUGUUCCUGCCCUCAGAUAAAUACAGAAUUUCAUUCUGAUAAAAUUACAACGUGGGUACUAUUAAUAGCAUUUAUAGUACUCAAAGAGAUCGCUGUUCAUGAAAAUAUUUUUACAUCUGAUGAUUUUAAUUGGGUCGAUUACUCUUUUCAAUCGUGUGUUGAAGAAGUAGCUUAUAUGCAGGAAAAAAAAAUAUGGCCUGAUCUAAAAGUUACAUUUUAUGAUUUUCUAAAUGAAGAUUUGUUGAAGGUGACAAAAUAUUUCAGAAAUGAUGAUGUGAUGUCUGUUUUGGAAUAUGAAAAAUAUCAAGAAUUUCCAGAUUACAAAUAUUUGUUUGAAAAGCGUAUAGAGAGAGUGCAGAAAAUAAAAAAUUGUCUGAAUGUUUUUCUUUGUUUUCUCGAGGAAUUUUUUGAGGGAAAUUUACCAAUCCUGGCAUUUGAUAUAAUAAUUAAUUACUUGACAGCUGGAAACCUGCGCAAUUUUGGAAGAGCAUUGUGUAUAACGGAAGAAUCACCUAAUGGAAAAUAUUUCGUUGUUCACGAAAAAAAUCUAAUACAAGCAUUGAUGUUUGGUUCAAUUGUUGAAAUUGAAAAUAUUCUUUGUGAAAAAUAUCAAGCAACAUUUUCAUCAGAGAAUGAUUCGGUGGAAAAAUGUAGACAAAUAAUUAAUAUUUGUUUGGAGAAGAAAAUUGAUAUUAAUUUCGAAAGGAGAAAGUAUAAUGCUUUAUUACACUUUGUAAUAAAACAUCUUGACGAAGACUUUAAAUCAGUUAUUAAUAAAUGCGAAGACUUUGAUGUUAAUGGAUUAAUGCAUUCAACUGCAAUGUCUUUACUUCAUUUAGCGAUAGAAGGCAAAAAACAGAAUGUAGUGCAAAUUCUAAUAGAAUUUGGUGCAGAUGUCGAUGUAAAAGACGGCUGUCAAAAAACACCUUUAUUUUAUGCCGUUGAAAGUAAACAAAUAGAAAUAGCAGAAAUGCUUUUAAAAGCGGGAGCGAAUGUUAAUGCGAAAGAUCACGAAGAUAUGAUGCCAAUUAAUUUUGCUUUUGGCGAAAGAGACGAAACUAGUGGCAAUGAAAAAUACAAACCCUCGAAAUUAGUAAAGCUCUUGUGUUCAUAUGGAGCUGAUUUGAAUUUCAAAAAUGAAAAUGGCAAUAUGACAUUGCUUUCGGUUUGCAAAAAUGGUAAUUUCAAGGAAAUUGAAUUUUUAAUUGCACGUGGAGCUGAUUUAUUCUCUACUGAUGUGGACGACAAAACGGCAUUACAUUAUGCAGCUUUAGGAUUUAAUUACAAUCUUGUGGAUUUUCUAUUGCGUAGCGGUUUUGACAUGAAUGAUAAAUAUUUAUUCAACGGCAGUCUUGUUCACACGCUGGCAAAUUUUUCAAGGGAUAUAUAUAUGGUUCUUAAUUUACUAGCAGGCGAUAGAAAUACCAAUAAUGUAUUAAGUGAAGCACACUAUAAUGAUAUUAAAGAGUCCGCAAAUAUGGUUGAAUUUUUAGCCGAUAAUGGCGCAGAUAUCAAUACUUUUAUGCAUGAACGCUAUACUCCUUUGUUGUCAAGUGUUCAAAGUAAUUAUCUUGAAAUUACCGAAUGCCUUUUGGAGUUAAAAGCCAAAAUUCACAAAAAAUUAUUUAAAAGCUAUUAUUACUGUAGUUAUCCUAAUAUUCACGUCAAUCCAAAGUUAUUUUUAAACAAAAUCAUUAUGCAAUCGGCAGUUUUAAAAGUUUUUAGAGAUAAUGUAAAACAUGGGUUAUUGUUUACUGAUGAAAACAAAGGAAAAAUAGAAAUAAUAUUACAAUAUGGUUCAAAUGUAGAAAUUGAAGAAAACUUUUGCGAACAAUAUCACGCAACAUUUUCAUCAGACAAUAAUUGGUCGCAAAAAUGUAGACAAAUAAUUAAUAUUUGCUUGGAGAAGAAAAUUGAUGUUAAUGUGGAAAGCACAAAGUAUUGUGCUUUAUUACAUUUUGUGAUAAAACAUCUCGACGAAGAUUUUGAACCAGUUGUUAAAAAAUGCGAAGGAUUUGAUAUUAAUGCAUUGAAUGAUCUACCAUCUGUUUUUGGGCCGAAAGACAAAAAGUCUUUACUGCAUUUAGCGAUUGAUGAAAGAAAACAGAAUGUAGUGAAAGCUUUAAUUGAAUUUGGUGCAGAUGUCGAUGUAAAAGACGGCUGUCAAAAAACACCUUUAUUUUACGCCGUUGAAAGUAAACAAAUAGAAAUAGCAGAAAUGCUUUUGAAAGCGAAAGCGAAUGUUAAUGCGAAAGAUCACGAUGAUAUGAUGCCAAUUAAUUUUGCUUUUGGCGAAAGAGUCGAAACUAGUGUCAAUGAAAAAUACAAACCCUCGAAAAUGGUAACGCUCUUGUGUUCAUAUGGAGCUGAGUUAGAUUUCAAAAAUCAAAGUGGCACAUUAACAUUGCUUAUGGCUUGUAGAAAAGGAAAUUUCAGAGAAAUAGAAUUCUUAGUUGAACACGGAGCAGAUUUAUUCUCUGGUGAUAUAAACGGUACUAAGGCAUUACAUUAUGCAGCUUUAGGAAAUAAUUACAAUAUUGUAGAUUUUUUAUUACGUAAAGGUUUUGACAUUAAUGCUAAAGAUUUAUCAGAUCAGAGUUCUGUUCACAAACUGGCGAUUUUUUUGGACGAAAUGUAUGAUUUGUUCGAUAUAAUUGAAGUAGAUAGAACUAUGAAAGAUAUAUUGAAUGAAAAUCAUGAUAAGGAAAUGAAAGAAUCCGCAAAUAUGGUUGAAUUUCUAGCCGAUAAUGGGGCCGAUAUCAAUAUUUUUAUGCGUGAACAAUAUACUCCUUUGGUGUUAUGCGUUGAAGGUAAUUAUCUUGAAAUUACCGAAUGCCUUUUGGAGUUAAACGCCAAAAUUUACCGAGAUUUAUAUAAAUGGUAUUAUUUCUGUAGUUUUCCUAACUAUCACGUCAAUACAAAAUUUCAUUUCAAUAAAAUUACAACGUGGGUACUGUUAACAGCUUUUUUAGCACUUAAAAAUAUCGAUAUUGAAAACUGUGGUUUUUUACCAACUCCAAAUUUUGAAUGGGUCUAUUCCUUUUUUGAAGAGUGCGAACAGGAAGUAAUGAAAAUGCGAGACAGAAGAAUAUGGGCUGAUCGAGAAGUUUCAUUUUAUGAUUUUCUAAAUGAAGAUUUGUUGAAGGUGACGAAAUAUUUCAGAAAUGAUGAUGUGAUGUCUAUCUUGGAAUCUGACAAAUAUGACGAAUUUCCGAAUUACAAAUAUUUGUUUGAAAAGCGAAUAGAGAGAGUGGUGAAAAUUAAAAAUUGUCAGUAUGUUUUCAUUCGUUUUCUCAAGGAAUUUUUUAAGGAAAAUUUACCAAGUGUGGUAAUUUAUCAGAUAAUUAAUUACUUGACAGCUGGGGAUCUUCGCAAUUUUGGAAGAGCGUUCUGUAUAACUGAAGAAACACCCAAUGGAAAAUAUUUCAUUGUUUACGAAAAAAAAUAAAUUUUAUUUUAUGUAAGAAACAUUAUUCACGAUAAGAAAAAUGUUAUCAGUAUUUUUCUAAAUUUUGUGAUAAUUACUAAUUAUGUGUCUAGUUCAAAUUACUCAUGUUAGUUUUAUUAAGAAUU